CGGAGGGGCCAUGGCCGGGGCCGGCUGGGCCCCGCCGCGCCUCGAUGAGUUCAUCCUCACCGAGCCCCUCGGCUCCGGCACCUACGCCACCGUCUACAAGGCCUACAGGAAGAGGGACACGCGUGAGGUGGUGGCCAUCAAAUGUGUCAACAAGAGGAGCCUGAACCGGGCAUCGGUGGAGAACCUGCUGACAGAGAUCGAGAUCCUCAAGACCAUCCGCCAUCCCAACAUUGUGGAGCUCAAGGACUUCCAGUGGGACAGUGACCACAUCUACCUGAUCAUGGAGUUCUGCGCCGGGGGGGACCUGUCCCGCUUCAUCCGGACGCGCCGCAUGCUCCCCGAGAAGGUGGCACGCGUCUUCCUGCAGCAGCUCGCCUGCGCCCUGAAGUUCCUCCACGACCACAACAUCUCCCACCUGGAUCUGAAGCCGCAGAACAUCCUCCUGAGCGCCCCGGAGAACCCCCAGCUGAAGCUGGCAGAUUUCGGCUUUGCUCAGUACAUGUCCCCGUGGGAUGAGAAGCACGUGCUGCGUGGCUCCCCGCUCUACAUGGCCCCCGAGAUGGUGUGUCGGCAGCACUACGACGCCCGCGCAGACCUGUGGUCGGUGGGCGUCAUCCUUUACGAAGCACUUUUUGGGAAGCCGCCCUUCGCUUCCCGCUCCUUCGCCGAGCUGGAGGAGAAGAUCCGCAGCGACCGGGCUGUGGAGCUUCCCAGCCGGCCCCAGCUCUCUCUGGAAUGCCGGGAUCUCUUGGGGCAGCUGCUGGAGAGGGACCCUCAGAAGCGCAUCUCCUUCGAGUGCUUCUUUGCCCACCCCUUCGUGGACAUGGAGCACAUCCCCGGCCCUGAGAGCCUGGGCAAGGCGACCGACCUGGUGGUGGAGGCAGUGAGGAAGGAUCAGGAGGGAGAUGCCAAAGCCGCCUUCUCUCUCUACCGCAAAGCCCUGGAGUAUUUCGUUCCAGCACUGCACUAUGAAAGCGAUGCGCGGCGCAAAGAAGCCAUCCGGGCCAAGGUGAGGCAGUACAUCUCCCGAGCAGAGGAGCUGAAGGUGCUGGUCACCUCCAGCAACAAGAACCUCCUGGAGAAAGGAAACCCGGCCAGAGAGCUCCUUAAAGAGAUGGCCAAGGACAAGCCUCGGCUCUGCUCGGCGCUGGAAUUGGCUUCAGCUGCCAUUGCCAAGGAGGAGGAAGGCAGGGAUGACAGUGACGCCCUGGAGCUGUACCAGCAGAGCUUGGGGGAGCUGCUGCUGCUCCUGGCCGCGGAGCCGGCGGGGCGGUGGCGGGAGCUGCUCCAUGCAGAGAUCCAGACCCUGAUGGCCCGAGCCGAGUAUCUGAAGGAUCAGAUCAAGAUGCGGGAGGCACAAUCCAUGGGCAAAGAGGCUCUGGCAGAAUCCGUCCGGAGCGCCUGUACCUUGCAGUGACUCCCGGGAGCUGCCCAGCAGGACUCUGCUCGCUGCCCUGCCAGGAGACGCCAAGAGGAGACGAGGCUUCCGUCCCCCCCCGCUCCAGGGUGAC